AUGGGGUUGGGGCUCCCUGAGCCAGAGUUGCAGCUGGUCCUGUCUGCAUAUGCCGACGACGUGCUCCUCGUGGUCCAGGACCCAGGUGCCCUGAUGCGGGUGGAGGCCUGCCAGGCCCUCUAUUCGGCGGCCUCCUCCACCCAGGUCAUCUGGGUCAAGAGCUCUGGCCUGGUGGUCAGGGACAGGUGGAAGGGGCCGCUCGCCGGCAUCGAGGCGGAGCCCCUGCCCCUGGACCCCACCUGGGCUGAGCCGCCGGGCCGCUGCCAGAGCCGAGGGGACGCGGAGGUCCUGCCCUCCGGGGCCGCGGCAGACACCGGGCCGCUGGCUCGAGAUACUCUGAACCUCACGGUUGAGCUCCAGGGUUGUGGGCACAGCGGUGCCUCCCUUAGACAGACAACAUUUGAGGUGUCCGCUGCUAAUCAGCUCGGGUCCACUGUGGAGAGGGAGCAGCUGGCUGACCAGUCCGAGGCGGAGGAUCUGGAGCGGAGCAGGUCUGCUUAUAGGACCCACGAGCUGGAGCUCGUAUCCAAUGAAAGCACCGUUUCUCUAGGCUCCAGCUCCUUUGCAACCUCCACCCCGCUGAUGGGGCCAGCAAAGUUUCACUUUGUGACAGGCAGUCCGCUAGGAGAUGACUUGGAACAGAGGGACCUAAACCCCUCUAGGCGUUCAAUGCCGAGAGAGCUAACCUGCCCAAGUCAGGCUGGCUCCAAAUCUGCGGCACCCAAGGUAGCCCAGAGCGCCAUGCCCCAGUGCGGGAACCUACCCGAAGGGGAGUGCCGUGACAGGGUCACUCUCAAACCACCUCAGAAGAGUACUGCCUUGCCUGGCUCUUCCAGAGGCCAAGCUGCCAUCAAAUCACUGCCCCUGGCCUUUGCCACCCCAAGAGCAAGUAGGAGUCUGGCCCUCGCUUCCUUUGAGUCUCGGAAAGCUUCUCGGGAGCUGCUGAGAGCAGGCCUGCCUCCAAGGAGCAGAGGCAUCGCCUGGGAGGGGAAAGCAACAAGACUGUCUCUGGGUGACUGCCGACCCAGCACGCAAAAAGCAGCUGCCACUGGAAAAUCAAGCCAGGGAUCCAACGUGGAGAUCCAGCCUGCUGUCCAACUCCCUGCCAGCGGCAAUGUGAAGCGGAGUGCUGCAAAGCUACCUUGCAGUGAGAAGUGCCCCUCAUCCCUCCAGCCUCCUACCAAAGUCCCAGGACUCAGCAGCAGCAGACCCUUGCUGAUGGGAUCCCGGGUUUCUGUGGGUCCAGGGAUCCUCUGCAUGAGCAAAGGGGCUGGAGCUCCUGGAACCAAACUCCCAACUCACCCAGGUACCAGGCUAAGACUAAUGAAGCCCAGACCCAGCAGCAUGCAGCACAUCAAUGGGACCCUGCAGCCAACAUGCACUCUUCCCACUGGGCAUCAAGGAGCCAGAUCCAGCCCCCAGGACAAAGGGACAGAAAGUGUUGCCAAACCUGGCUGCAACAAGCUGCCUGUUCGAAGGGCUGCCACGGCUGCGAUUCCUGCCAGGGCUCCCCACUCUCGACUGAGACCAACAGGGAGGACAACAGCCUCCCCUAGAAGGCUCCCUUCCCCCAGGCGAGCUCACCUAGGUAAAGACACUAACUCAGCAGCAGUUGCACAAGCCCUGGAGCCUAGUGGAGGCGAAGGAGACACUGAGGACAGACCAGCACUGGCUGUGGGGGAAGACUGCACCACUGCAGGUGGAAUGGCCCAGCCUCAGACAAGUGGGAAUUCCCCAGCUCCUCUCAGUUUCCUCCCUGACUGUGCCCUGGAGAGUGGAGGUGCAGCAUCCUCCAUGCAGCUUCCAGAUCAGCUGCUCUCCCAGGAGCUGCAGAGAGUAAGGAGUGAGCUGCAGAGAGUGAAGAAUGAGCUUGCUGCAAGAGAUGCCCAGUGUGAAGCAUAUCGAAGGACAAUCUCCUCCCUGGAGGCUCAGCUGAGGGCAGGCUCCCUCCUGGAGGGCUGGGGCACAAAAGACUGUGCCUUGGAAGGUGAGUGACAGCGAAGCAUGGAGGGCCUGUGUCUGCCUGUUAACAAUAGCCUCUCUAGCUGGCUCCUCACAGAGGUAUGCUGCUCUGGACAGCCUGAAGGAAAACUCUGCAGCCCAGCGCCUGGAGCGAGCGGUGGCUGUUCACACAGACACCUGCAGGGGGGAAUUCUUAA